ACCAUGGCCUUUUCAUUCUCGUUCGCCGGCGAUGAUAUAGAAGACGAUGGUCGUCCGCUCACCCCUCCACCCCAAGUCAAGAAGUCAGCUGUGGCCUCGCCCGCGGGGGCCGGUGCAUUUCCAGUUCAGGACAAGCCCCAAUUACCACCAGCCAGCCAUGAUCUCGAGGACAUGCUUUCGAAGCUACCCUCCAAGAUAGCCUUCAACCUGCUCGGUGUCAAUCUUCAGGAUGGUAGCACACUCCAAAUACCAAGGCGUGAGCUCUGGGAUGUGCGGGCUCAGCUGAUGGCUGAGGAUGAUGGGGAAAACCCAUCUGAGUCAGAGGCUGGUCUUGGGGAGCACGACGUCAAGACGGGGAUUUAUGAGGGUGGCUUCAAGAGCUGGGAGAGCAGUGUUGAUAUGGUCAAGGUCUUGGCAUCGGAAAAGCCGGCCGAUUUUUUGAAUCAAGAGCCGUGUGUCUUGAUCGAGCUCGGCUGCGGCACGGCCUUGCCCUCUCUCGCACUCUUUCACUGGGCCUUGAGCGAAAGAAAGUCACAACCGAGACACCCGCUGGUGCUCACGCUUGCAGACUAUAACCCCUCUGUGCUCUAUCUGGUGACGUUGCCCAAUCUCAUCUUGGCCUGGGCUCUUCAGCAACGAAGCCGAGUAGCGCUCGUCGAAGAGGCUUUUACACCCGACGGAGAACUCGAUCUGACACCGGAGAUUAUCGCGGCUUUCAAGGACUCUCUGGUUUCCAACCAGAUCACUUUGAGAUUUCUUUCUGGUGCUUGGUCACCAGAGUUUGUGGAUAUUCUCUACAGCUCACCGAAUGCCCCAAGUCUUGCGGAUAACACCAAGACUCUUGUGCUUGGUUCGGAGACUAUUUAUUCUCCUUUUGCCCUUGAAAGAUUCGGCGAGACUCUUCUUCUGAUUCUUGAGCGAGAGCGGAAAGACAGACCAAGCGGUUCUGCCAGAGCUGUCAUUGGCGCAAAGAAGCUUUACUUUGGCGUUGGAGGCUCGCUGGAUGAUUUUGUAGAAAAGAUGAGGGGCCUUGGGACAACAGUGAACAACCUGUUUGAGGAACGCACUGGUGUUGUCAGAGGCGUCGUCGACUGCCAGCUCUCAUGA